UCAGGGAUGAUGGAUGGUCCAUCACUAACUUCGAGGGUGGUUGUCCAGGAGGGUGACCGCAAGGUUCCCCCAAACGUCCCACUGCCCCUCCUGGAGACAGAAUCUGGGCUGAUGGACCGUGAGCCUGUCCUGGGACUCUGCCACUCAGCAGCUGACAUUUGUAAGAUACAUUCUUUUCUUGGUUUUGAGUUUUCUCUCAAGCCGUUUGAAUUUCCUGGCCAGAUUUAGGAACUUGCUGGGGGGCAACAGCCGGACAGCCGGGCAGCCGGGCCGGGAUGAAGUUGAGCCUCUCCAAGGUGGUUAAUGGUUGUCGCCUGGGCGUCCUGACCAGCCUGGGCAAGAAGGGAGACCAGAUGAUGGAGUUUCCCAGCUGUCUGCUCUACACCAAGACAGGGUCUGCCCCUCACCUGACGCACGACACGCUGCAGGCCGUCCAUGGUGUCCCGGCUGUGGUCCAGCUCACUCUACCCACGCUGGCAGAGUACAGCGAGAUCUUGGAGGAGUAUAAGGAAGGGAUCGGGAACUUCAUAGGUAUGCCGGAGGCGGUGCACUACUGCUCUCUCCACGAUCCCGCCCACCCCUGCCCUGCUGGGUACAUCAGCAACAAGACCGUGUCAGUGUGGGGUGUCGGCGGGCGCUUGGAGAUGACGCCCACCAGAUUCAUGGCUAUCCAGCGGGCCCUGCAGCCAGACUGGUUCCAGUGCCUCUCGGAUGGGGAGGCUCUGCAGGGGGACGUGUCCUCAGAAAAGAGAGCCCGGAAGUCGGUGGACCGCUCCCUGGCCUUCCUGGAUGAAUGCUUGCAGCUCUGGGAAAAAUCAGCGGUCCUCAGGCAGAGCGUGCCGAUCGGCGUGAUCGAAGGCGGGGACGUGCUGGAGGAGCGGCUGCGCUCGGCCCGCGAGACGGCCAAGCGUCCCGUCGGCGGCUUCCUCCUGGACGGGUUCCAGGGCUCGGCCAUGACCCCGGAGACGAGGCGGCAGCUGGUCCGCUCCGUCACCGCCCAGCUGCCGGACGACAAGCCCAGGCUCAUCUGCGGGGUCGGCCGUCCGGAUGAAGUGCUGGAGUGUGUGGAGGCUGGGGUGGACUUGUUUGAGAGCUUUUUCCCCUACCAGGUAACGGAGCGCGGCUGUGCCUUGUCCUUCUGCUUCCAGUGCCGGCCGGACCCUGAGGAGGCAGGGGUAAGUUCCAAUGGGGUUCAGGCCGAGGGAAAGGAGCGGGACCAGUCAGAGAAGGGGAACAGCUCUGCCCGUCACGAGGACAUCACGUCGUUUGAGAUUCACCUGAAGGAUAAGAGAGAGGACCGGGCGAUCGCUGGAGGCCUUGGAGGAGUGGGGCGAUGGAGUCUGACUGCCGCUGUGGAACCAUAUCCUCCAGAAGAGCAGAGUGAAACCUGGGCUCCUGUGUCCGUUCGGUCAUCGAUUCAGCUCCUUCAUUCAUCGAGACCUGUCUGACUUUUUGUCCAUUCAAUUGAUUGAUUGAUCCAUGUGUGCGGGGCACUGUACUGAGCACUUGGGAGAGUCUAAUACCCCAGAGCAGCAGGCACGAUCUCUGCUUCCGUAGGUGUGGUUCCUCCAGCUGUGGCUGCUGAAUCUGUGCCUGCCUUUCGCCCUCAAAAGAGUGGGAGCUGCCCGAUGGCAGGGAACCACGGGUACCUUGCUCUGAUGUGCUCCGCUGCGCUCUCCCCAGUGCCGGCACAGGGGGUGGCGCCCAGCACGCGGUGGAGGCAAAGCAUGGACGGAGGGGGACCUGGCUCCUUUCCAGAUACCCCCAUUUGAGGUGAGAGGUGGAGUGAUGAGGGCCGUCCGGUCAGCUGGCCCCUCUGGCCCCUAAGGCUGUCUUUGGGAAUGUCCCUUGGGGGGCGGGGCUCAGGCCGGAGGCUGCCCGGGGAAGGAGCUGGACCCCUGGGGAGCCCAAAGACAGUGACACACCAGGAACCCAGAGGAGAGGUUUUUUCUUUUUUUUUUUUAAUUAUUCCUUCAUAUUCAAACUUCACAAACAGUGUGAACUUGUACAAUACCUCGGAAAGUGAAACUUACAAAAAAAGUGCUGGUAACAUUUAAAAAAAAAACAACAAAAAACCCAAAAAACAAACAUCAUUCUUAGCAACAUCAAUUACUCUUCCACACAAAACAGAAACCUUGUAAAAUUUAUUUCCGUAUUUUUAAGGCGUAAUACUUCCGUAUAAAGUAUAUGCAAGAGAUAAAACUUCACAGUAUUCCAAAAUGUCACAAUAAUAAUAAUAAUAAUAUAGUAUAAUGAAGCGCUACAGUUAAUUUUCUUUUUUUUUAUUUUUUUCCUGUUUAAAUAACAAAUACAAGUCACAGGUAAAUAUACGUGAGAAAAAUACGAGGCUAAUAUUAAAUGGCAGGUAAGGAUACUGUCACUGUAAGAAAAAACUGGCAGGAUGUGUGUAUUUAUUCUAUAUUUUAAAGCACUUGAUAGAAAAGGCGUAUGCAAGGUUUUUAAAACAA